UGACCCUGUUUGGCCCCUUCAGUAAAACUGUGUGUGGAUGGAACUAAGCAGGAGAGUGACAGUUGUGAUGGAUCAAUGGUCUGUGCUGAAUGGCUGCAGCCGAGCAGAGGUGGGGAUUUGACACGAGACGUUCGAUCAGCCCCAGAGGUUCAAACCGCCAGACGGGCGACACUUUUACCAUCUGUUGGCACAGCGGUACAUGGAAGUACAACACAAGAGAAGCAUGAGGCAACACUGUGCUCUCAAACAUGGAAUAUUCAAGGAAUUCCUGGCUGAAUUCCUGGGAACAUUUGUCUUGGUUUUGUUUGGCUGUGGCUCAGUCGCUCAGACCGUCCUCAGUAGAAACACUCUGGGUGAACCUCUCACCGUCCACAUUGGUUUCUCUGUAGGCCUGAUGAUGGCAGCGUAUGUGGCCGGUGGAGUGUCAGGGGGCCACGUGAACCCUGCUGUGUCUCUGGCCAUGGUGAUUCUGGGCAAACUGAAGAUCUGGAAGUUUCCCUUUUAUGUCAUCGCUCAGUUUCUCGGUGCUUUUGCAGGAGCUGCUGCAGUCUUUGGAUUAUACUACGAUGCUUUUAUGGACUUCACCAGUGGAAUUCUGUCGGUGACGGGAAUCAAUGCAACAGGUCACAUUUUUGCGUCGUACCCUGCAAGACACCUGUCAGUCCUCGGCGGUUUCAUUGAUCAGGUGGUGGGAACAGGGAUGCUGGUUCUGUGCAUCCUCGCGAUCAUCGAUGGUGGAAACAUCGGCGCUCCUAAAGGUGUUGAGCCGCUGGCCAUCGGUCUGAUCAUCAUGGCCAUCGGUGUGUCGAUGGGUCUGAACUGUGGUUACCCCCUGAACCCUGCCAGAGACCUGGGACCCCGACUGUUCACAGCCGUGGCAGGAUGGGGGAUGGAGGUGUUCAGCACCGCCGACUACUGGUGGUGGAUCCCGGUGGCGGGGCCCAUGGUGGGAGGUGUGGUCGCAGCCGUCAUCUACUACCUGCUGAUCGAGCUGCACCACCCUCACGAUGAGCAGGAGAAGCCCCAUGAGGAGGAAGAAGAGGAGGAAGAUGAAGAGGACGACGACAGCAGUCUGAAGGACAAAUAUGAGAUGAUCACCAUGAGUUAAAGAGACUGUAAUCUCCGGGACAGACUGCUUUUACGGUCAGUCAGAUGAAGAACACCCAGCACAGCUUCCAUCUGUGAGGACAGGCUCCCUGUGUCAGUGUGUCUCCUUAAUAGCAACAUAGGCUGUAGUUACACUUCUGAUUGACAUCAUGCUGUGCAGAGAAAAGCUUUUCAGCUCAGUGCUAACUGACACCUCCACGGGUCCAAAUGAAAUAGAAUUAAUGAUAGUAAAAUAAUAAAUAUAUUUCUAUAGCACCUUUGAUAAACAGUAUACAAACUGCUUUGACAGACAAAGUGAAAGCAGGAAACCCAGAGGACAACAUAACAGCAAGAAGCCACACAGUGAGGCCAAACCAAAGCAAAGCAAAAUAGGAAAUGCUCCAAAAACUGCAUGGAAACCAGAAAACAAGCAAAACAUUACACUGCCCUUUUUCAAUAGUGAACCCACCCUUUACACUAAUGCUGGUCUGUGUUCUCUGUAAUUUAACUUUUUUAUGUUUCAAAACACAUGAAACUCUCAGUCUUGUGUCUCAUAUUGUUACCUGUACUGCAUAUGUGUGUUGUAAAUACUGUACUGUACAUAGAGAAAAACAUCUUUUUUCCCCCAUAUAAUGAAAAUGGAGUAAUAGUUCUACAUGCAUGCCAGUCUUCUUUUAGCUUUGGUCCUUUUUCCUCGGUGGUUGUGUUAAUAAUAUAUUCACUUUUUGUUCUUUUUUCAUUUCAUUUUACUUUUUUUUGGCAAACCAUGGAUAAUUCUUCAGUUUAUUGUUGUUUGUCUAAAUUAAAAUUUCUAUAAAUAUCCA